UGUUGGACCUCAUCUUGGAGAGAGUGACGGGAAGCUGUUCUGAGGUGUGCGACAAGUAUCUCACUCUCGUUGCACACUCUUCCUCUUGCGCCUUGCGCUCGUCCCUAUCGUAGCCCUCGGCAAGUGCCGUGCUUGAACUUUGUCUUUGGCUGGUCUUCGGCUGGUCCUCACCGGCAUCGACUCGGUGCCAAACCACGACCUUUUUUUGGGGAGCCAUUGCCUGCAAGCAUGGCAGCUCUGAAGAGAACAUCCAACUUUCGCAAGCGGAGGCGGUCGGUGCUUGAAGAGGACGAUGUGCCCGAGUAUCCUGGAGGCUCAUCGACAGGGCUGACACUCGAGCUGGGCGAGCUUAAUCUCGGCACCAGUCUGGUGGAGCCGAGGAGCCCGCGGCGUAGACGGACAACAGCAGGGGCAUCGCUCGACAUUUCGGACGACGACGAGGAAGCGACGGGUGGGGACAGAAACGGCGGAGCUGAUGUCGAGUCAAGAUUCGAUGCCGAUGCCGAGUUUGGCUUCUCGCAAUCGCAGGGCUCAUGCCCGAUGGAUAUGACAGCGUUCUCGCCGGAGCGCGGCAGCGGGCUAGCGCCCGUGGCUGAGGAGCCGGAAGCGGUCCGGCCGCAGCCUGUGGUUGCGGACACACCGCAGCUUGCGCGCCUUCCGUCGCUCUCGGCCGAAGUCAACACGACGUGCAUCCUGGUGUACGGCCUGGUCUUCGCGGUCCCGCUCAAGAAGCUGCUCGGGCGGCCGCAGCCUGUGGAAGGUGCGCUGCAGAGCGUGCGGCGGACCCGGAGCGGGCGGGUGUUCUUUGGCGAGAGCGACGACGUUCACCGGUACUGGAUGAAUAAGUGGCUGCGGGCGAAUGGGGUGAAGCGGCCGGAGCGGCUCUCGUUUGCCAAGCGUGAGAAGAAGCUGCGUGCGCUCAAGGUGGAGGUGGGCGAGUGGGGCGACACCACCCACGGUGAGCAUGGCACGUACAUCGCGCUCUACACCCACUCAUACACGUUCCACGAUCCCAAGGCCUGGGACUGGCGGCUGUGCGCCAAGGUCGAGGCCAUGACCAAGGCCAAGGCGCUGGGUAAGCUCACAGCGUUCUGCGCCGAGUUUGGGCUGACAGCGGCGGCGCCGGCGUGGCACACGGUCGGUUAUCGGUGGUAAAGAUGGGCAGGG